AUGGGGCUGUCAGAAGGGUCAGGACCAAGGGACACGCAGGCACUGCUUCCUGCCACACAGGCAAUGGAGCUGCAGAGGCGAGACUACCAUGUAGAGCGGCCACUGCUGAACCAAAAACAGCUGGAAGAGCUGGGGCACUGGAGUUCAGCACCCCGGACCCACCAGUGGCGGAGCUGGUUUCAGUGCUCCCGUGCUCGAGCCCAUGCCCUACUGUUCCAGCACCUCCCAGUUUUGGCUUGGCUGCCUCGAUAUCGCGUGCGUGACUGGCUCCUGGGUGACCUGCUGUCUGGCCUGAGUGUAGCCAUCAUGCAGUUACCACAGGGCCUGGCCUAUGCCCUCCUGGCUGGACUGCCUCCUGUGUUCGGUCUCUACAGUUCUUUCUACCCAGUCUUCAUCUACUUCCUAUUUGGCACUUCCCGGCACAUCUCUGUGGGGACCUUUGCUGUCAUGUCUGUGAUGGUGGGCAGUGUGACAGAGUCCCUAGCCCCGGAUGAUGACUUCUCUCAGGCCUUGAAUGCCACGGUCAAUGAGGCAGCCAGAGAUGCUGCCCGGGUGCAGCUAGCCUCCACGCUCAGUGUCCUGGUUGGCCUUUUUCAGGUGGGGCUGGGCUUGGUCCACUUUGGCUUUGUGGUCACCUACCUGUCAGAGCCUCUGGUCCGUGGCUAUACCACGGCUGCAUCCAUCCAGGUCUUCGUGUCGCAGCUCAAGUAUGUGUUUGGCCUUCAUCUGAGGAGCCGCUCUAGGCCACUGUCUCUCAUCUAUACAGUGCUAGAGGUCUGCUGGAACCUGCCCCACAGUGUGGUCGGCACCAUCAUCACUGCAGCUGUGGCGGGCGUGGUACUUGUAGGGGUGAAGCUGUUGAAUGACAAGUUGCAGCGGCACCUGCCCAUACCACUGCCUGGGGAACUGCUCACGCUCAUAGGGGCCACAGCAAUCUCCUAUGGCGUGGACCUGAAGCAGAAAUUUAAGGUGGACGUUGUGGGCACCAUCCCUGCAGGGCUGGUGCCCCCAGUGGCUCCCAGCCCCGAGCUGUUCGUAAAGCUUGUGGGAAAUGCCUUCACCAUCGCUGUGGUUGGGUUCGCUAUUGCCAUCUCGCUGGGGAAGAUCUUCGCCCUGAGACAUGGCUACCGGGUGGACAGCAACCAGGAGCUGGUGGCCCUUGGCCUCAGUAACUUCAUUGGGGGCAUCUUCCAGUGUUUCCCCAUCAGCUGCUCCAUGUCUCGGAGCCUAGUACAGGAGAGUGCUGGGGGGAACACACAGGUGGCUGGAGCUGUCUCCGCUCUCUUUAUCCUCAUCAUCAUUGUCAAACUUGGAGAACUCUUCCAAGACCUGCCUAAGGCAGUCCUCGCAGCCACAAUUAUUGUGAAUCUGAAGGGCAUGUUGAUGCAGUUUAAGGACAUAUGCUCUCUCUGGAAGGCAAAUCGAGUGGAUCUGCUCAUCUGGCUGGUGACCUUUGUGGCCACCAUCCUACUGAACUUGGACCUUGGCCUGGCAGUUGCAGUGGUCUUCUCCCUCCUGCUUGUGGUGGUCCGCACACAGCUACCCCACUACUCUGUCCUGGGGCAGGUGCCAGACACAGAUGUUUACAGAGACAUGGCAGAGUACUCAGAGGCCAAGGAGGUCCCCGGGGUGAAGAUCUUCCGUUCCUCAGCCACCGUGUACUUUGCCAAUGCUGAGCUCUACAGCGAUGCGCUGAAGCACAGGUGUGGUGUGGAUGUUGACCACCUCAUCUCCCGGAGGAAAAAGCUGCUCAGGAAGCAGGAGCAAAAUCUGAAGCGACUGCAGAAGGAGAAGCAGCCCCAGAAACAGGUUGCCUCCUUCAAGGACACUUCAUUCUCCAUCCAUGUCAACACUAGCCUUGGAGAUACUGAGGUCAACAAUGUGGAGGACUCUAAGGUCAAGGAGGUGAGCACAGAGGAUGAGCAGGAUGGUACAGUGGCCAGUGGUCAAGAAGGUGCCAAAGCUCCAGAUGUGUUCACACUGAAGGCCCUGGGCCUGCCUCAGCCAGACUUCCACAGCCUCAUCCUGGACCUGAGUGCUCUUUCCUUUGUGGACACUGUGUGCAUCAAGAGCUUGAAGAAUAUUUUCCGUGACUUCCGGGAGAUUGAAGUGGAGGUGUACAUGGCUGCCUGCCACACUCCUGUGGUCACUCAGCUUGAGGCUGGGCACUUCUUCGAUGCAUCCAUCACUAAGCAGCAUCUCUUUGCCACUAUCCAUGAUGCUGUUACCUUUGCCCUCCAACAUCCAGGGUCCAGCUCCAUUGGCCCUGUUUUGGUGAGCUGA